UUAAUCGCAGCGCAGGCCUUCUCCAAAAAACUUCUGCACUGCUCUCAUACAAAAAAGUGGAACCGAAUAAAGGAAUGUAAUUUUCUACAAUCAACCAGCGAAGUUAACAAGAAGUGUAGCAUAUUAAUUGGUGACUAGAGUUUUGGUUUUAUUUACCAGUGUUCAACCUAAGUUUCAUAACGCAAUAUGCAGCAGGACAACAUUCUAGCUACGUUUAAAAUCCUAAUAAUAGGAGAGAGCGGUGUCGGAAAAUCUAGUCUUAUGCUACGAUUCACCGAAGAUGAUUUUGACCAGGACCAGGCAUUAACGAUCGGUGUAGACUUUAAAACCAAAAUAGUCGAAGUAGAUAAUCUAAAGGUAAAACUAGCCAUCUGGGACACUGCCGGACAGGAAAGGUUUCGGACGCUAACCCCUAGUUAUUACCGAGAUGCCCAGGGAGCUAUAUUGGUUUACGAUGUUACGAAAAAAGACACAUUCCAAAAGUUGGAAUCGUGGCUGAACGAGCUAGAAAUCUACGGGACGAGGAAUAACAUGGCAAAAAUGAUAGUCGGAAACAAAAUAGAUUCUGCUGAACGAGCUGUUAGCAGGGACGACGGGUUUCGCUUUGCGAAACGGCACCGAACGAUGUUUAUCGAAACCUCGGCUAAGACCAACGAAGGCGUACGGGAUGCAUUCCAGGAAGUGGUUAGAAAGAUUAUCGAAACGGACGGUCUUUGGGAACGCAACGAGUACGGGGAUGGUUUGGAUCUUCAGUCUAACCAAGGACGUUCGCCAGGAUCAUGCUCGUGUUAGUAGUGGAAGCGAUGCAUCGGGUGACUGUUAGAUGCUAAGGCCAUAUAUUUAUUAGUUGUAUUUUAACACUCUUUCUGUUUUCUGCGGAUCCAACUAACCGAUUUUGAGUAUAUUUAAAUUUGUUCGGCUGUAGGUCAUGGUGUGGACAAGCAGAACACAAACUAUAGGUACAAUUUACUCGUAAUUCAGUUUAAAAAAUCCUCUAGAAGUGAAACUAUCGGCUCGAGUAUGUAUUUCAGAACUAAUCAAAAUGUGGAUGAUAUGGAUAAAAAACAACUUCACAACAUAUAUCAUAAAGAUAUUAUUUUAGUAUAAAUAAAAUAUUACCGCAU